AGGGAGGACCAGAGUUUGGUCAGGUUAACGAUCUCGUUGGCCUGUAGCUCUGCGACUAAUUCGGUAGGGUCAUCAUAGCCUCUCAAAAAGAACCUUUAGCUGUUCUUUUGCGACAAAAGAAGUGUCUUUAAAUCUUGGAUCGCGACAACCACAUUACCCCUUUUUUGUCAAGAUGGAAAAGUACCGCCGCAAAGCUCCCGUCAAGGAGGAGAAAUCCGCCGAUGACGAGAUCCGGGUAACCGCCAAGGGCCGCACCGCCACCUACGUGUCCUACGCGUCCAAGCUUUUCAACGAAAAGAACAUGGACGAGUAUAAUUCUUGCUGACGACAGAAUUUUUUUUCCGGCGUUGCUACUAUUUGGAAUUAAUUUUUGCUCUGUUUGGUUUGAACUUAAAGAUAUCUGACCUGUUGUUCGCAUUGGUAAACAGUCGUUCUUGCGAUUUAGAUUCCGCAAAGAAGCAGAACUACAAGAACAUGACCGAAUGAAAAACUAAAAUCCUAUUUCCACAACAUCACAGAUUCACCCUGAAGGCUACUGGUGCCGCACUCGCCACGGCCGUUACCGUUGCUGAGGUCGUGAAGCGCCGCUUUAAGGGGCUUCAUCAGAUCACCAAGCUCGGCUCCGUCGAGGUGGUCGAUGAGUGGGAACCGAUUGAGGAGGGACUCGACCCGGUAAAUAAUUUCUUCCAGACAUGAAUGUUUUUUGUUUGCAUCACGAGAGGAGGAAUACAUACCACCAAAGUAGGCAGUGCCUCUGAAGUCUAAAUGACCCUGCUGGUGGUCGCACCUAGUCGCCCACUUUGCACCGUUUUCCAACCGCGCGGUUUUCGUUUUUGUGACAGGAGGUGGAAAUGCAAACGACAAAAACAUAAAACAGGUUACCAACACGCGUAACGUCAGCUUCAUCGAGAUUACGUUGUCCAAAAAGGAACUGGACAAGAAGAACAUUGGAUACCAGGAGCCCAUUGACGAGUCCCUCGUUGAGGAAAUCGACCCGGAAGAGGUAUUUUGUUUUUGUUGUCUCAGCAUUCAUUAGCUGUAUAUGUCGGACAGUUACUCGCAGGCCAUAAGAGGCGAGCAAAGUGUUGUUCUUGUUGUUGUGGGCCGACAUCGACGAGCUCAAGCCAUAGAAAAUUUUGUGUUGUAGUACCACUCGGCACAGCGGAACUUGAUGAGAGUAGAGAGCUUGUGAGAGAUGCACGAUAGAGCGUAGUUAGACAUUCUAAAGAUUUGCGCUAGGUGUACACGCAGCCCUGGCAAAUUUAGAUUGUUACCUUGCUGUUCUCAAACAUUAUCCCCAAUCCCAAAAUCCAACAGAUGCUCCGUGGCGGCCCGCGUAAGGCUCGUGAGGAAGGCGAUGAGGAGGGAAAGAAGACCAAGAAGGGCAAGGGAAAGGGUAAGGGCAAGAAGGGAAGCAAGGGCAAAGGCAAGGGAAAGAAGGGAAAGGGUAAGGGAAAGAAGGGCAAGCGCAGCAAGAGCGCGAAUGACGACGAGGCAGAGGAAGAGUAGAUGAGAACUGGAGUUGUUGUGCUUCGGAAAAUAAAAUGAUUUUUGGUUUCACCCGACGAUACAUAGAGAAAAAGCUUUCUACGAUCGACAAUCCGAUUGCAGAUCUUGAGUUUGGUGAUUUCCUGUCGCUAGGAGAGGCCAUCCCAUCUUCUAGCGCGGGAGUUAUCCCUCGUUUUUCCUAGAAUCUUCGACGAUCUAAAAAGCAUUCUUGUCUCACCGAUACUUGAUUUUCGACUUCUUUCGAAAAUGAUUUAAACUCUUGUUCACAUAAACGCUUUGUUUUAUCAAUGACACUGAUGUCUCACUCUCACGCACUCUUUGUCGUUUAGAAAGUCAAAACUCUAAAAAAUUUGGAAGUUGGUACACAUUUUUACUAGAGGAGGGGGGCAAUGAGCUAGUUAAAUUCUGGUGCAUGUCUACUCGUCGUCCGCUUGCAGACCAGUUCUCGAUCUGUCAACACCUGUUGCGGAUCCACCCGGGGAGAAGCCUUCAACAGCGACGUGCUCCAGAGUUUUCUAGUUCAGAACCAGACUGCUACUUGUGCUUGUGCUACAACUAAAUCGAGACGAAACAAACCACACACAAAACGAACUCAAGCGCGAUGAGCAGCCAGAUUCAAGCGCGAAAGAGUGGUAGUGGCUUGCUAUGACAAGUUUAGGAUGGUGUAGAAGGAUGUUGUUAUUGAGUCUCCGACCACACUGCAAUUUGCGAUCAUUGUCAGCAGAUAUUUAGAAGUCUGAACACUUGUGACCCUACCGAAAAUGUAUCCGGAGUCCGAGGUGACCAGCUUUAUCAACCGCACCUCCCUACCAGGACUGCUGAGUGGUUUUGGAAUGUAUGCAGUUUAUGUCGGGGAAAUGCAGCAAGGCGCCUCGAAACUCCUUGUUGCUUUUUUCGUGUAAAUGAAGGGGCUGCUACUUUUUGAAAUCCCGGUCUGAAAGGUAGACGACGAUAAGCUCUCGGAAUUCAGUUACUCAUCUCACGAGGAUUUAGAAUUUAAAGAUAUCGUACGAAUCGCAGGAAAGCGGCCGGGAAUCGGAGCAUCAUUCAUGUUGUGUCCUUCUACUUUAUUUUCUAGUUGUAGUGUGCCCGCUAUUGAACCACCUGAACUACACACGAAGAAUCUGCGUCUGGCCGCUCUAUGGACUGUAACCACAAAAACCACUGGAUCAUCGGAAAAAGGAAGCAGAGCAGCUCAGAUAAUGUAUCCCUGCCCCGGGUACAGAAGAAGUAGCAGCAUUUUACACUUCCAAAAGAAAAAAACGAAACGCCGAAGCUUGUCACGGCACGAGUAUGUGGCAGCAUUCUUGGAAUUUUGGGAAUGUUCGCUGCGACUCUUAGGAGCCGAUGCGUU